CGAAGUAUUGACCGCUGGGAUCGAGACGCGAUGUCGACGUGUCCGCCAUAUUGGACGACGGUGACACAACGCUGACGUCACUCCAAUAGUAUUUUCUGAGUCCAGAGGGGAGUGUUAUGCAACUGUUGGAAUUUACGAUGUGGACGCAGACGAGAGGACCAACUGACACGGCGAGGAAAUGAUACAUUUGAAGCUCAGUGGAGCGCACGCUUGAUACGGAACCGCCCAAUAAGAAGCAGGUGCUGCCAUUGCCAUGGCAGCAAUAGGCUUAAGAGGUCGAACGAAGCUGUUGUAUCUGUCACCGCCGCAACCUGGCUGACAUUCUGGGAACAGCGUGCAGGCCAGCCGGACGAGCGGCCGGCCUGCAGUUGCUCCCUCUCGUCUGCACUUGUCUGGAAAACAACUGACCCGGUGGACGGAGCAAGGAAACAGCUGCUCCUCUACAAGCUACUGCAAUGGAAGACAGCAGGAGGGUCAACACACACACACACACACACACUCGCCCCUCCUCCACUGACGGCCUUACCAGACUUGUCAGUGCAGGAUUAAGUGCUGACAUUGUCUACGUCUUUCAUCGCAACAGAAGGGGAAAUGGCAUUUGACUUUUCAAUAUAGCGUUCGUAUUUGAUUGACCUGUCUGCAAUAUGAUGUAGGCUUUUUGUACAGCAAAGGAACAUUGGCAGGAACAGGCUAUUGUAAAUUGGAGUAAAGAGGAUAGCAUGGUGGACAAGUGGAUGGCACGUCUGCUUCACAGUUUUGAUAUUUGCAGUUUGAAUAUUGGCUUCAGCCUUCCUGUGUGGAGUUUGGUUGUUAUUUCCAGAUUUCCCCCCCUUUCUAUGAUAGGUUAGGUGGAUUUAAUGACCAGGUAGUUCAAAACUAAAUAAAUGAGCAGGUAAACUGCCAUAGACUCAAGGAGCAAAAAGUGAAGAUCAUUUUUAUUGAAAUAUAAUUUGUAUGUGCCACCCCAGUUUCAUGGCAAUUGCUUGUAUAAUUUUUUAAUAAUCCUGCUAACAAAUUAACACACAAACACUCAUCUGCAUGCUUCUAAUUAGCAUAUCAUCUGCAUAUGCGGAUGCCAGAUUAGCGCUACCAAAACACCUUGAUAUUGACCAGAUUUGACCUUUGUUUUAAUAGUUUUGGUGAUUUAAUUUAUACAUUUUAUUCAAAUUGAUCAGGUGGAUGGGCGGAGGGACGGACUGGUGACCAUUUCAAGGCGUACCCUUCCACUUGCUCAAAAUCUUCCUUUGAAUGACAACAUUUGAAAAUUCAAGAAUAUUAAUUGUGCCCCUAAUGCAAAAAGCAGUCAUGUCCUCCAAAUGUCACUGUGGCCCACGUGUCCAAACUACGAGGCUACAUGGCGCAAUGCAGGUCAACACCCCGGCAUUGCAUACAUAUGCACGUUUAUGCAUAAACAUUAACUCGGUGUGUAUCGAUUACACUUUAGAACACAGAGGUGGAAAGCUACUGUGUUUUAUAUAGUGCGCCCUUUGACCCCGGCAGAUUAGCAGGGUCAAAAUGUUCUCACCUUCCUUGGACCACCCGUGUCCCCGACCGGCACGAGAUGACUGACACGCUUUCAUAGGUCGACGGUGUACAUAAGUCGGCGUGUAUGUUUGUUCAUGUCGCUCAUAAGCAAAACCUCCGCUCACACUUAGGUGAAGCUUGAGCCUCUAAAAACAUUUCUCCGACUUGUUCCCAGCCUGCGGUGGGCCAACGCGCUCUGAUUUGUGGAUGAAUGAUUCCCUGGGAAGCUCAGUCAGUUGACCUGUUUGCAGUUUCCUAGGAGAGCCCGGCAACGCCGCCUCACUAAUGUUGGGCCUCCCGACCGAUUCAGAGCCGUGGCGGAAUCACACAGCUGACGGCAAACAAUGAACAACACACUCUGCUAAUAGGCCGUGUGUCCUGCACAACAGUAAAGAGGGCGACCGCUGAUGUGACACCACACCACCCCCCCCCCAACAAUCAGCAGGAGAAAGAGGGCUUCAAGCCAGGAGGAACUCACGUGAGCCAAGUUAAAGUGACGCGGAGUUGAGUUGUUGUCACUUCUCCAACGUCAACUCCAGUGAAGACAUCAUGAAGCGAAGCAGCAAUUACAGCUCGUCCGACAGCGACUUGGACGACAACAUCGAAGUGGAGAAAGACAGCGGAGACGAAAAUGGACCGGCAGAUUCUCACGGCUCAAUGUCACCGUCCACGACCACCACUCAAGUUCAAGCCAGAAAACGACGUAGAGGAAUCAUUGAGAAAAGAAGACGGGACCGCAUUAAUAAUAGUCUGUCUGAGCUGAGGAGACUGGUGCCGAGUGCUUUUGAGAAACAGGGUUCAGCUAAAUUGGAAAAAGCCGAAAUACUGCAAAUGACUGUGGACCAUCUGAAGAUGCUCCAUGCAUCUGGAGGCAAAGGUUACUUCGAGGCACACGCCCUGGCGAAGGAUUACCGCAGUCUUGGCUUCAGGGAGUGUUUGGCCGAGACAGCUCGCUUCCUGAGCAUCAUGGAGGGCCGGGACAGCGCAGACCCCCUUCGCAUACGUCUGGUGUCCCACCUGAGCAACUACGCGUCUCAGAGGGAGGUGCAGGCCGGACUGGAACACUUAGCCUGGGGCUCGGCCUUCGGUGGCGCCCCUGCUCCCAUGCCCCACCCGCUCCUCCUGCAACCCCCACAGGGCAGGACACCGGCAUCCAGAGGAAACAGCCGCCCGCCUUCCACGUCGUCCUCGGAGACCUCGGCGACACCCAGACUCCUGCCCCCGACGGAGUCUCUCAGGGCGCCCCCCAACGGCUCGCUGCCCCUCAGCGUGGCGACGUCCAAGCUCUCGCCGCCCCUCUUGUCGUCCCUCUCCUCGCUGUCGGCCUUCCCCCUCUCUUUCGGCGCUUUCCCGCUCGUGUCCCCGGCGGCCCUCGGCGCAGUCGGCCCCCCCUCCACCCUGUCCAAGCCUUACAGGCCGUGGGGCACGGAGAUUGGAGCUUUUUGAAGAGGGCAACUGGACUGAGGGGGGGGCAACAGCUGAACUGGGCCACGACCACUUUAACAUCUGUUUUUCUAGCCCUAAUAGACAGGUGAAUGCAACAAAUUGGCCUUAUUUGAUUGUUAAGAAAGUCUUUGCUGUUGGCCAUUUUUCCUAUUUGUUUAGAAGGAAAACCGAGCUCGGUAUGAUUGUAUUUUAUAAAUUGAAACCGACAACUAAUUUAGCUAACGGUUUGAGGACCGAGACGCAAAAGUGAACUCAUACCUUUUCAUGUUGUCAAGGAACAACGUAAUGUACGUAUUUAAUAUAGAAUGACAUAAUUCAAUCUGCUUGUUUAUAUCAGAACUAUUUGGGGAAACUAACUUUCUCACAUUGGGACACUUGCAUUUUUAUAUCUGUAAUAUUUUUGUAUCAAUAAAUCCCAAUCAGAAUCCA